AUGCGGCUUUUGAACACGGCAACGCUGAUGCUCGAAGAAUUCUUCGACAAGAAGCCCCCCUAUGCAAUCCUGUCCCAUACUUGGGGUUCAGAAGAGGUCGCUUUCGCUGACCUGCAGGGCGAAAGAUCACUUCUAGAAGACAAAUCUGGGUACAAGAAAGUCAAGGGAUGCUGCGCGAUAGCCCGCAAUGAUGACUUCGACUGGGUAUGGAUCCAUACGUGUUGCAUCGACAAGACAUCCAGUGCGGAGCUCUCGGAAGCAAUCAAUUCGAUGUUUCAGUGGUAUCAAGAAGCAGUCAUCUGCUACGCAUAUCUGAUCGACGUACCUCAUCUUAAAUACGCGAUAUUUUUGGCCCACGAGAACCUGAGAAACUCCAACCAGGAGAUGGCGAGUGUUUUCGACAAGGAGAAGACAAUGUUUACAGGAAGCCGGUGGUUUUCGAGGGGCUGGACCCUGCAGGAACUUCUCGCACCCCGCAACAUUGUCUUUUUUGCAACCGACUGGUCGUGCAUUGGAACGAAAGAGGAACUUGCCGAAUUGAUCGAAAAAAGCACUGGAAUCACGAGACUUGCGCUCCAAAAAUAA